UUGACUCAGCUGCCCGCAGACACACCCGAAACGGAGUUGAAGGAACUGUUGGCGCACUUCAUCGACACCUAUGUGGAGAAUCAAAUUGGCAAGGCUGCACAAGCUAUUAGUAGCUCAAUGCAGGAGAAGAUCACCGAUGGCGAUGUGUUGCUCACAUUCGCCUGUUCCUCACUUAUACAAUACAUCCUCGAGGAGGCUAAGCGUCGCAAGGUUGCCUUUCGUGUCAUUGUCGUCGACUCGCGACCCUUUUGCGAGGGACAGGAGAUGCUGCGUCGUCUGCAUGCUCACGGCAUUCCCUGCACCUAUGUGCUGAUUAAUGCUGUGAGCUAUGUGAUGCCAGAGGCAACGAAGGUGCUGUUAGGCGCACAUGCCUUGCUGGCCAAUGGUUAUGUGAUGGCACGCGCUGGCACUGCACAGGUGGCUCUGAUGGCCAAUUGCCACAAUGUGCCCGUGCUUGUUUGCUGCGAGACGCACAAGUUUAGCGAACGCUUUCAAACCGAUGCUAUUGUAUACAACGAAUUAUGCGAUCCCAAUCAAUUGGUGAUGAAUGCCAAAUGCUGCUUGAACAAUUGGCACAAGAGUCGAAUGACACCGCUCAAUCUGAGCUAUGAUAUUACGCCACCCGAACUAGUUAGCGCCGUUGUCACCGAGGUAGCUAUUCUGCCCUGCACCAGUGUGCCCGUCAUUCUACGCAUCAAACCGGAAAUUGGAUAUUAGAAGAAGCUCCUAACUGAACAAUUUAACUGCGAAAACCCGUCAUAAGCCAGAACCAUAACUGAAAAGGAAUUUGUUGAAUAAAUACUUUUUUUAUUAUA